UUACAAAAACUAAAUCACUUCAAACAAUAAUGUCAGUCAGCCUGGUUGCUUGGAACAAAACUGAUAAAGACAAUUUGGUUAUCCAGAAGGACUUGCUUCGUAAAGAUACCUCGGUUAUUGAGGGUCAGAUAAUUUCUACUACUGACAACACCACUUCAAUUCCUGAGGUUUUUCUUUGUAUUUUUGAUAAUUUAAAUAAAUUCUAGGAUAUUCUCGUGUCUAUAUCUAAAAAUGUUGGGGGUGAAGUGGAACUGAUACCAACGGAGGAUGAUCGUUCGUUGUCUUUGAAAGCAGUUGCUGUUGCUUUUCCCGGCGUUUAUGAAUCCAGAAAGAAGUCUUUUUUUUGAACCGUCAACUGGUUGGGCGAAUAAAAGUAUUAUUUUAAUUUUUCAGUUUAAAAUUCUAUUUUUUCUCUUCAAAGCAUUCAUUGCUGUUUGCAAGACAGAAGUGCCCGACCCAGAAGUUGUUCAGUUA